AUGCUGUGUUUGGGUCGAUUCGCGGGGGUCUCCUACCCAAUCAAAUCCUACUCUUCUGCUUGGAGGGACAACACCAAAAACAGAUUGCUGCCUCUGACUACAAACACCUCCAGAUGGCGAGUCAUGGCCCAAGAAUCCGAAUCUUCUUUUGCCCCCUCUCUUGAUUCUGAUGCUUCCGAUAAAACCGCUGCUACUGGAUUCUGCAUCAUAGAAGGCCCCGAAACGGUGCAGGAUUUCGCCAAGAUGGAGCUUCAAGAGAUUCAGGAUAACAUUCGAAGUCGGAGGAACAAAAUUUUCUUACAGAUGGAAGAGGUUCGUAGGCUUAGGAUACAGCAAAGAAUUAAAAGUGCUGAACUUGGAAUUUUAAAAGAAGAGCAAGAGAAUGAACUUCCUAACUUCCCAUCGUUCAUUCCAUUCUUGCCUCCUUUGACUUCAGCAAACCUCAAGCAAUAUUAUGCAACCUGUUUUUCUCUUAUUGCUGGGAUAAUUCUUUUCGGUGGUCUGCUUGCACCUAGUCUGGAGCUUAAGCUUGGAAUAGGGGGCACAUCUUAUGCAGAUUUUAUUGAAAGUGUGCAUCUGCCUAUGCAGCUGAGUCAGGUUGAUCCCAUAGUGGCAUCAUUCUCUGGAGGAGCAGUUGGAGUAAUCUCGGCAUUAAUGGUUGUUGAGAUAAACAAUGUAAAACAGCAGGAGCAGAAAAGAUGCAAAUACUGUCUUGGUACUGGAUAUCUUGCAUGUGCUCGCUGUUCAAGCACUGGAGCACUUGUUCUGAUUGAACCAGUAUCCACGGUCAAAGGUGGAGACACGCCUCUUUCACCGCCUAAAACCGAGAGAUGUUCAAAUUGCUCUGGAUCUGGCAAGGUUAUGUGUCCAACAUGCCUUUGUACUGGAAUGGCCAUGGCAAGCGAACAUGAUCCCCGAAUUGAUCCUUUCGAUUAG